AUAAGUGCAGCUAGUCAGGUAUGUGCACCAUAAUCAAAAAGGCCGAUAAACAAGGCAAAUUCAGAACAUGCGUUACAGCAGUCACCAGAAUCCUGACUAGAGCCCGGGAUUUCUAUAUCAACUGCAUGAAUAAUUGCGCUUCAAAUGUCGGUACGUAUAACAGUAUUGGUGGCAUGGUGUAUCCUGCUUCUCAUCUCGCUCCAUCUUUGCCCAGGAGCUUUAGUGUCAGAUCUUCAGCAUUAAUCAGCGAUGAUGAUUUGGCUGAGCUUCUGAGGGCUGCUUCCACCAGGGGCCUCAGGAACGAGAUUGAGUUAGAGUUUCUUAGGCAACAGCGGCCCCCGAUGGGAGGAGUAAGUGUUGUGCAGCGCAGUCAUACAAUUGCCAUUGGAAGGAUUGAUGAAGAAAAGCCCUGUGAUUUUGGAGAAGAUGUAACUUUGAGAACAGAAUAUGCUUUUCCCAGAAGUAGAAGCCAUGCAGUCACAAACAGGAAGGAUUUUCUGAAGAACAGUUGAGCAGAAAAUAGAAGAAUUAAUGGAAGGCCGGCUUUGCAAUUGUUUUCCUUCUUCUCCUUGUUUAGACCUUCUCUGAAUCUCUCUUUUCCACAUUUUCCUUAAUUUUUUGGUGAGCUUGAAGUUGUUAGUUCAAGUGGGAGCACUUUGCUCUAGGGUUGUUUUGAUCUUGUGUAUUUUUUUUACUGGUUCAAUCAAAUCAUAGCAUUGACAA